AUGAACAGAAGUCACGAGUUGUACAUGAAGAGGUCACAGGCUAUACAUGCAGAGGUCACGGGCUGUACAGCCAACUUCACGUGUUCACAACUGAUAGAACUUGAACCAAAGGAUGUAGUUGUAGGACUUAUUCUUUCUUCUCUAGUUACAGCUGAUAAGGAAAGUUAUUGUAAGCGUCUCCUUUCCUUUCAACCAUGUUGUCGUUAUGGCGCCAAACUCUCCUCCGGUGGGCACCUCUCCGGCCGCCAUGGAGCCAAAAAACAGCUCUACGACAACCUCUGCAUGGCCAUCUCAGGCGGCAAGGGUGAACCUUGUGGCUGGAUCUUCAUCGGCGACCAUCAACUUCGGUGUGACCUUGUCCCACCAACACUUUGCUUGAUAUCUUGUCGGAGGAACACCCAGGUAUGGUUCUAUGUCUUCUCUGUCAUGGUUGGAACCUCAAACUUGGUUGGCUGUAUCUUAGGGGCACCGUCAAGUUUGCUGUCAGCUUAUCCCACAAAGAGCUUCGUUCAUAUCUUCUCCCACAGGUAUGGUUCAUAUGUCAUCUUCCAUGGUUGCAACAUGAAACUGGUUCUAAUGGUGUUGUACUCCAUGCAUGGUUGA